AUGAACGCCUCUGCCCGGAGCUCAGGUGUCCACCUGGGCCUGCCCACGCCACCGGAGGAGCCGCACACCAAGGGCCGCGGUGCCCUCCCCGCCCGCACUCAGGCAUCUCGAACCACACAGGAGGAGGCGGCGGGGCCCGACGUGCGGCGGGGACCCGGCGGCAGAGCGGAGCGCAGCGAGAAGCUGGCGCUGUACCUGGCCGAGGUGGAGAAGCAGGACAAGUAUCUGCGGCAGAAGGGCCGGUUCCGCUUCCACAUCAUCCCCGACGGGAACUGCCUGUACCGCGCCGUCUGCAAAGCGGUGUACGGGGACCAGCGGCUGCACGGCGAGCUCCGCGAGCAGACCGUGCACUACAUCGCCGACCACCUGGACCACUUCAACCCCAUCAUCGAGGGCGACGUGGGAGAGUUCCUCAUCGGCGCCGCCCAGGACGGGGCCUGGGCCGGCUACCCGGAGCUGCUGGCCAUGGGACAGAUGCUGAACGUGAACAUCCACCUCACCACGGGCGGCCGGCCCGAGAGCCCCACCGUUUCCACCAUGGUUCACUACCUGGGGCCCGAGGACCCGACACGGCCCAGUAUCUGGCUGAGCUGGCUUAGCAAUGGGCACUACGAUGCUGUGCUGGACCGCAUGUGCCCCAACCCAGAGUACGAGGCGUGGUGCAGACAGACUCAGGUACAGCGCAGGCGGGAUGAGGAGCUGGCCAAGUCCAUGGCAGUGUCCUUGUCCAAGAUGUACAUUGAGCAGAAUGCCUGCUCAUGAGACCACCUGAGCCGCAGGCUGGGAGCUUUGCUGCAGGGACUGACAGAGAGAAGGUGUGCUGGCUGUGAUGGUGAUGCCUUAAUCCUUAAUGAAGCAGCAGCACCCCAGACUGAGAGGGACUGUAGGUUGUGGGGGAUAAAUGCAGACGUAUUUGUAAUAUUCUCUUGUAAAAACUUAGCCUCGGGUUAUUUGCAAGCAGAUUUCUCUGUGUAUGUUUGUGUCUCCCCUCCCCACUGUCUAUUUUCUAUAAGAAUGUAUUUUUUGCACACUAUUUUUAAACUGUUACCUCCAUGUUCUACAUCUUACAUUAGUAUCUGGCUUUCAGCUGUACAGCCAAAAACGUUUGUAAACAGUUUUUUGUAAAUAAGGCUUAUGAUGUAACAGCUAUUUUUUGCUGUGUUUUUUAUCCAUAAACCUUAUAUUUUUACCAAAUGAAGUUGAUGUCAAACAGACCCCCCUAGUCGAGGAAAAUAUUGUGGGUAUUUUCUUGCAAAAUUAAAAUAAUGGCUUUUGUAAAAGUGCAGCAAAGUGAGAACAGACUGCUUUUAGGAACAGUUGCUUUCUCUGCCUGGAGCACAGAACAGGUCGUUUGAGCCAGUUGGAAUGCAGCUACACGUGAACAGUGCAGGGAGCAAUUGACUCUUCUGUUUAUAAUUACUGUUUUGAGUAAACUGGCCUCUUGUUGCCUGGUUGGCUCACCCUCUGCUCCAUUUAUAUUAUUUAUCUAUAAUAACAGAACAUUAACUUGCAAUAGAAUGUUGUGACUAGAUAAUAGUCUCCUGCUUUGGCAGUAAUUGCCUUGGCUGCACCUCAGUGUUUGUGUUCUUGUUUCUGGGGUUAUGGUGUCUUUCGUAUAAGCCCUGCUUCUUUUUUGGCACUGAUGUUUCACCAACAAGUCAUUAUCUGAUCACAACAUUUUAUUCACGUGACUUUAUUUUCUAAUCAAGAAUUCAGGAAUGGUAUUCUACAUUAUGGUUUAAAAGAAAAAAAAGUACUUAAAUUGAGGUUUGUAUGGUUUGCUGGGUCAAACAUUUAAAUGUUUCCAAUCUGGAUUCUGUCUCUUCUACUUUCUGAUUAACUUGUUAGAUAUAUUUAUUAAGUAAUGCAGUUUGUACUUUUUUAUUUUGUAAUAUAUUGUGAUUUUGGAAUUUAUACUGUAUUUGUAUAAUAGGAAUAUUCACAGCUAAAAUGGAAUGAAUAAAGAAUAUAAUUUUACUUGUGCUCUUCUUUUCUGCCCUGUACAUUCCUGCUGUGGGUGGGUUUACAGGACCUUCUAUUUAGCUUCUCUGCCUUAGUGUCCCCGAUGAAGAGGAGGAAAGAAGGGACACAGUACUUUACAAAUGUGAACCACUGAUAAUUCUGGUGUCUGUCAAUAUGUGAAAGAAAGAAAUGCAAGCAUUUAAAGGCAAUCAAAUAUCUGUAAUUAUUUUCUUACUGCAAGAGAUCUUAGUGUAUCUGCUUGCUGGAGAGAAACAGUUUUCUGUAUUAAUACACCUUAGAUGAGGAGUUCUCAAGCGUAGUUAAUGAGCUGGUGCCACCAGGGUUGGUGGUGAGCCAGCUCUCUGCUGGUCUGUGCACACUUGGGCUUGGACCUUGGUCUUUGGGAACCUCCAUUCUGCAUUUAGCCCCAAACUUGCUUAAGAUUUGUCCUGUCAGUAGUGAUACCUUGGCACCCUUUUGUCACUCAAAUAGAAGUAAUGUCAUAGGGAGAUACAGCUUUUUACUCCCCUCACAAGAUGGAAAUGCCUUGCAAGUUGUUAAAACGUGUUUACAAACGUGCACGUGUGUUUACGAAUCAGUCCCUGAUCUCAGAAUAGUAAAAGCCCCAUCCUUAAACAACAGAAGGGUACUGGGUUAAAGUGAGGAUUAGAAAGUAACUGAAUAGCUGAAAUGCAUCGCUCUUAGUUGAGCACAUGUGAUAAAGAGCUGCUGGACUGGUGUAUAUAUUGGUUACUGGUUUAUGUGGUACAAAGAGUAGAUUUAAAUACUACGUUAUUUUCAAAAUACUGGUAAAUACAAUAUUUUUAUGAUUCUCUAUACCCAGUUGUGCUUUUUCUUUAAAGUACAAACAAUGAUGGAAAAACCCUGCCAGUUGUUCUAGUUCUAGUCCACUACUGCUUAACCCAUGAAUCUUUAGCAAGCUGAGUUUUGAGAGCACAGCAAGGAUGCAGUCAUGGAUGUGUUCAUAAGGAAGCGAGGUAGUUUAUGGGGAAAAUGGCUACUCACAUGACUCUAAAAGUGAAGAUAUUAAUACAGCAUCACUAAACAUUGGUAAUGUGUUGACUGAUUAAAAAUAUUGUAUCCAAGGCUGCCUAGGUGUUUGGUUGGAUGUGAUUAAUUCAUUCAGAGUUGUGAUGGUCCCAAACUUUAAAAAAAAAAACCCAAAUGCCCAGAAACCCAAAACCCAAAAACCCAAUUUUAGGUCUUUUAAAAUUAUCAUUUUCAGCUGUGUAAUGAAUUGUGAUCAGAAAUUUUGUGUGUGUUUUGCAACACAUACCUUAGAAAUGCUCAGUAAACUAAGUGAAAAGGAUUGGUACUGCAUAGUGUUCUCUCUGUGCCAUUAAAGUGGUACUAAAAUAUCACAAAUAAAUAAAGUACUGUUAAAAACCAACCAUGCAGGACCCUAGGAUGGGUUCCCACAGAGUUCCUCAGCAAUUUAUCUACUGCAUGAGUCACAGGGGCAUAUAGAUAACUUUAAGGAAUUUAAAAAACUAGGUUACUUGUUGAACUAGUUUGCAAAGACACUGAGGGUGUAUUGCUGAAGUGUGUAACAAGGCACUUGUUUUUGCAGCUUGCGUUACAUACUGUGUCUAAAAGGAAAUUACAAAAAUGUCAUUUUGGAUGUUUUGGGCACAUGGAAAGUUGUGUUUUUUUUGAAUAGCUGUGCUGUUUGAAGUUCAGCUGAGACACCAGGUUCAGAUUCAAGCUAGUGGUGUCUUGCUUGAACAGGAGUAGAAGCGGUUCAAGGGAGAAAUUUUAUGGAAGCAGUGAUCCUAAUGUGGAGCUUUACAAAACUGCUUAUAACACUACUCUUGCCCACAGGAAAAGCAGAGGUAGAGGCACGUUUUCCUUUACUGUCCUCUGUUCAAUAAUUCCAGUAACAAGGGAAGGACAGAUAUUGUUCUGGAUCAUAAUUUCAGUGCCUGAUUAUUUUAACCUUGGCUAAUCAGUUGCAUAACCCAGCUAAUCCUUAGACCUGCCUGGGGACUGUGGUCAACAGACUUUUUAUUAUUGUCAGUAAGUCAGAAAAAGAGCUUGAUUUUUCAGUAUGCCACUUGUGUGGUUUUAUAAGUCAGGUAGAAAAUGCUUUAAUUCUAAACCGGGCUAGUGUGAACUUCAGUCUGUGGGAGCAUAAGCUUUGUGAUGCCAUCUUUGCUUGUAUUUUAUAACAGAAUUGUGAAAUAGUUGACAUGUUGAAUGCUGCAUUUCAGGAUUUCCUUAGGUUGCCAAGAUUAUGACAGUCUAUCACUGAAUGUGCAAGGGAUAUGUUAAAAUUGUCAUGUGUGUUAAACAGACUUUGUUACAUGAAGCAAGGCUUGCAAGAGCUGAAUUGGUUUGUGAUGAAGGAAUCCCAAAAAUAAGGGUGAUGGGCAAGUAGGAAAGGGAAGAUCUAUGUAUCACUGUUUUCCAUCUCAGUCAAGGGCUCGCUCUUCAAAAAGUUUAGUGGGUGACACUUUGUGCUUAGCAACUUUCUUAGGACACAUAAAAGUUGUCUAAUGCCAGCUACUGCAGAUUAUCUGUCCUGUUGUAUUUGGUUGAUACGUUACAUGUUACGUAAAUAUUUUACAUUAAUGCACUUGUAAAUAAAGGUGUGUUUCAGUACUUGUUUUACAUCUACAAAAUCACCUGAAUACAAAUAUUUCUACUGUCUGCUUUUGCUUUUAUGAUGUUGGAAUUGCUUGGUAGGAUUUUUGAGGAUAAAAUUUCAAUUUUGUUUUAGUGAUUUGUCAGUGUGCUCAUGCAUAGCUUCUGAAUCCAAGCAGAAAAUGAUGACAGACAUCUUACAACAGAGGCAAGUACCUGGCAAUAACUGUUUUUUGCUUAUGAUUUGCUUAUACUCGGUUAUAUUUAUUCAACAGCUUAUUGAUAUGCAGUGAUAAGUGUUCCUAGGAUGUUGGUGCAAAAUUGUGUGAAAUUAAAAAUUUCCUGAGCCUCGGUCUUAAAAAGAUUGUCCCAUUUCAGAAUUGCAUGGCUGUGUGAAAAUACGCAGCAUACGGUGAGACAGUAACUGUUUAAAAGGACAUCAGCUCUGCCAAAUGCAAUGGUGUAGUCAUCAGAACCUUUUAAAAAAGCAGAAAAAUUAAAACUUUGAUUUUUGCUAACAUACAGGCUGAUUUGUAACAUUUGUAACAUGUACAUGUGUGUUUCAGUUAAAAAAAAAAGUGGCUUUUAUAUAUCCUGUUCAGUUUUAAUUUAUAAUCUGUUUUUUUUUUAUAGCAAGUUUAUAUUAUUAAUGGAUAAAAAGAUACAGCAAUGCAGUAAUAUAUUGUACUUCAGCCAUUUAUUCCUGGAGUUAGUAUUUAAAAUCUGUUUAUACAAGGAAACCUCAUACAUGAUAUUCAGAUUGCAAAUCAAUGGAAAUAAACCACUGUCACGUUC